AUGUGGUCCCCCUCGACUCAACGAAUUCUAAUAAUUACCGUGAUCCUUCUGAUUCUCAUCAAACUUCUAUUCUUCUCUAAUUCUAAAUUAAUCGAUUCUGUGGAACCUCGCGAUUUGGAGAAAUCCGAUGUGUUCGACUUUAUUGUCGACACGAAUUCUCUUUGGAUCGAUGAGGGAGAGGAGAAACGAUUCGAAUCGUAUACCAAUAUUCCAGCAUAUGCUCAAGUAUCCAAUAAGAUGGCUGCAAUCACCAAAUCGAAGACCGCCGUUUGUGAGACGGACACUUUUAUCGGUCAACAAGUGCUCUGUGGUCUACAGGAGAAAAUCGAUGAGGAGACAGCGUGUGACAGUGAUUCUCUCCAAUACUUCUCUGAUUUUGAUGAUCUACAAAGAGAACAAGAAUUGGAUCGGAAUUUCGCGGAUUGGAAGAUUCUCUUCGCACGGAGGGAUCCAAUAGAGAGAUUUGUGGAUCACUAUAUGGAUACGUGUGUGAGAGAAGACCGCCCGUGCUACAACUGCCGUCUGGACCUUCGUUGUUAUCUCGUGAAGAUCUACGCGGAGAUCACUCAACUCUACGCCAAAAACAAGACAGUAACCGAGGAUCAAAUGAAAUUUGUGCCCCAAAACUGGUUCUGUCAGAUGGAAUCAAUGAAUCAGAGAUUCCAAUUUGUGGAUCACUCACUAUUCUCGAAUCCAACGAAUCCAGCGUAUGCUGAGGCGAAGCGUCCCGACGCCGAGUCGAUAUUCGCCGACUCCGUCUCAUCCUAUGAGAAAAUCAGCAAAUUCUACACGACAUAUAUCUAUUCGCGGCCGGAUGUGCUCGAUUUGUUCACAAAAACGUAUUAUUGGGACUAUUUGGUGCUGAAAAUGCCGUUGCCCGAGUUGAGAUUGGCAGAAGUCAGGGAUUAUAAGGAAGGAUGGUAUUGA